GUAUCUGUGUUACACGGGAGUGAAUUUUGUCAUUAUCAUUUAAUCCUUAUUUCACACCAUAAUAGACCUGCUCAAUCAAUUUUAUCGCUGAUGCAACAAAAAGAUUACUGACUAUUCUGUGCGGUAGAUGUGUGUAAUCAUCUUUAAUCUUCAAUUAGUAUUCUAAACAACAAAAUAAGCAAUGUCCCGUCACUCUUAUCGAGCGAGUCAAUGUGGUGAACAGACAUGAUGAAUCACAGCUAUACCAAAAGUCUCGGCACAACACUUUGAAAAAAAUUUCCAAAACAUUAUGGUUGAUAACAAAUUAAAAACUCGAGUACCGUGAAAUGCUGAUAGUGUGUCGAUAUGAUAUGAUAUGAAACUUGCAAAAAGAUAAAAAGAAUAGGAUGUAUCUACGUAGACGCAGUCGUCUUCCAAUUCACCCGUACUGUUGCCAGUGAUAGUUUACGAUUCACAGUGAGUGCAAUAGGUACUUUUAAUGCAUUUAUAGUACUGAUAAGAAUAGACUGAGCUCAAGAUCCGUUCUUCACAUUCUUGUGAUCGCUGAAUUAGCGCUCAGUGUAAAGAGCCCUUAUAAAUGAGACACAUUGUGCUAAUGCUCGUUCAGUUACCGGUGAAACUGAUUGGUUUGGGGCAAGCCGUGCCACCGACAAUUGUUUGUGUUAAUAGUGUGAUAGUGAAACUUCUGGGUCAGUGUUGUAGAGCCAAGACACAAAAGGUCCUCACGAUUUGUCAUCUUGCAAUGGGUACGAUCGUGCAGAUCGUCAUUUUGGUGUCUCUAGGGCUUGCCAAUCUGCAACGAUCUACCGUCUCGUGUACACCGUUGCAUUCGCAGUUGUUUGACGAGGUUGACCUCCAAUCACGCGCACAGCUCGAGGAGUACCGACUAAAUGAUGACGUGUGGCCCACUCAUUACGAUAUCGAAAUCAAACCGUACUUCGAACCCGAACCGGAAAAGGAAGCGUUUACAUUCGAUGCCACCACUACCAUUGCGGUCACCGUUCUGAAGGAUAAUGUUACACAGAUCAAACUACACAAGGCCCACAUGAACGUUACGGACUGGAGAGUGAUGCGCAAAAGCAACAGUAUGCCGGUGGGAAAAGUAAAUGAAACGUACAACGAAGAGACACAAAUUUGGACGCUUAACCUCAAGCCGUCUGAAUUGGUGAAAAACGUGGAGUACAACAUUGUCGUGAACUAUGUCGGCCGAAUGGAAGAGGAUAUGGGUGGAUUCUACCGAAGCUACUUCAAAGUGAACGGCAAGCAGGUGUGGCUGGGAUCGACACAGUUUGAGCAGACUGAGGCCCGCCGAGCAUUCCCCUGCUUUGAUGAACCAAGGUACAAGACGACUUUUACGCUGAAAUUGGAUUACAAGCCUGAUGAGUACAACGUUUACGCCAAUACGCCCAUUGUGAACAGUGUUCCUACACGAUAUAAUCGAACAUUGGCCUCAUUUGGCAUCACGCCGAAAAUGUCCACCUACCUACUUGCCUUCAUCGUCGCACCGUACGAAUUGAAGAGCAGCGAUGUAAUGGGAGUUCUGGCCCGCCCCGAAGCCCUCAACCAGACCGACUACAGUGUGCAGGAGGGCUUGAAGCUACUCAAAGCGCUAGGCAACUGGGUCGACUACCCGUUCAACAGUGUGCCGGAAAUUACGCGCAUGUACAUGGCGGCCAUACCCGACUUUGCGGCCGGUGCGAUGGAAAACUGGGGUCUCAUCACAUACCGUGAGUCGAGCCUGCUGUACGUUGAGGAGGACGCUACCAGCAUGCAGCAGCAGCGUAUCGCUAGCAUCAUCUCGCACGAGCUGGCCCACCAGUGGUUCGGUAACUUGGUCACCUGCGAAUGGUGGGACGUGACGUGGCUUAACGAGGGCUUUGCGACGUACUUCGAGUAUUUCGGCACGGCCCUGGUCGAGCCGCUCUGGGAGCUGGACGUUCAGUUUGUGGUAGAGAAGCUGCAAGCCGCCAUGCAGACGGACGGUUCACUGGCCACCCAUGCAAUGACUCAUACGGUGUACACGCAGACCCAGGCAGCCGCUAUGUUUGACGCGAUAUCCUACAACAAGGGUGGAGUGGUAUUGCGCAUGCUGGAACACUACCUAUCGUCCGAUGUGUUCCAGGCCGCCAUCAGGGAGUAUGUAAAGGAUCGACAGUUUGCAACGGCUCGUCCGGAGCAACUGUUUACAGUGCUCGAUAAACGCAACGCUAAUGCCAGUGCGUUCAUGAAACCCUGGACCACACAGCCAGGCUUCCCGCUCGUAACCGUCACUAGCCACGGGAACGGUGUAACGCUCACCCAGAAACGGUUCAUCGCCAAUGGUACGGAUGCGGAAGAGAAGCUACUGUGGCCGCUGCCAAUAACGUUCGCCACAAAGGAGAGUGAAUUUGAAAGCACGACACCGACGAUUGUGUCUAGCGAGUCGCAUAACAUUACUUUGGCGAAUGUGUCCGACGUGGCGUACUUCAUCUUGAAUAAUCAGCAGGUGGGAUAUUAUCGCGUCAACUACGAUGAGGCAUUGUGGGAAAAGAUUGGUGCCGCCCUGCGCAGUCGAGCUUUUGGAGGUAUACACGUCCUAAACCGUGCUCAAAUCGUUGAUGAUCUGCUGAAUCUAGCGAAGGCAGAUGUGUUGGGAUACGGUAAAGUGUUGGAUCUGUUGAGCUAUCUCAAGCAGGAAAUGGAAUACGCCCCAUGGUUGGCUGCUUUUAAUGGGUUCGCUUCACUAGCACCUAGAAUUCAUCCCGACGAUGAGAAGCUAUUCACGCAAUACCUUAUGGACAUUCUUACCGACGUGUAUGAGUACGUGAAAUUCCAAGCACCUACUCAAUACGAUCGUCGAUUGCACACGUACUUGCGGCGGCUCGUACUUGACUGGACCUGCCGGUACGGCCACGAUGAUUGCAGUAAGAGUGCUGUGAAGGAAUUUGAACGAUUCCGCACCAAUCCAGGCGUAAAAGUACAUCCCGAUCUUCGCCAGGUGGUUUAUUGCGAAGGUGUACGCAAGGGAUCGAGCGAGCAGUUUGACUUUCUACUGAACAUCUUCCUCACGACGAAUGUGGCUACGGAGCAGCAGCUUACGCUGUUUGGCAUGAGCUGUGCACCGAAAGAAGAAACCGUUAAUAAAUUCAUGAACCUCGUAAGCUCCGCCGAUGUUCGCAGUCAGGACAAGGCGAGUGCCCUGUCGAUGUUGCUUAACAAUCAGCAUGCACUGGAACCGGCAGCAUCAUAUCUCGUACAACACAGUGCCCGUUGGGCUGAAGCGCACGGUGGAUACAGACACGUUGCGAUGGCACUUGGAGGCAUUCUUGGCCGGGUGAAUGAUGUGAGCGUUAGGACGUCUAUUGAACAGUUUGCCGAAGCUAGUAAAGAUGUCCUAGGUCGGGAGGCGUACGAGCUCAUCGCGGCAGGGUUGAUGCAAUUCGACUACAAUCAAAAUUUCACAAUGAAUCAUCGGGAGGAGAUACGCGGAUUCCUAAGCCAAAAGGCGGGCAGUGGAGCAUCGGAAACUGUUAUCUACAACGUCGUUGUAGCGCUGUGUGUCACACUCGCGGUUGUUUUUAGAGUGUGAGCGGUACCAGUAGAAUGGUGAUAAGCAGUUAAGGGUUUCCAUUCGUUUUCAUUAUCUAUGCUUUUAUGACAUUGUACGGUGGUUCCAAUUUCUUAAGGAUAGAAAAUAAACCACAAGAUCGAUUGAUCACAAAAAAUACUA